AGGAGAGAUCAAGAUGAGGACAACUACGUUAUCAAAAAAGAGCGAAGACAAGAUUAUUGGAGAAGUAGUUGGAUAGAUGACAGCUCAGAUGAAAUGCCCAGAGAGAUAGAAAUGUUGUUAUUUAAUUGGACAGAUUUAAGGAAUUUUAGUUACGAAAGGUUAGUGAUGAAUAAUACGGGGGAAUUACAAUACUAUCAGAGCUGGGGUGUGGACGUGGGAAAUUGGUCUUUGAUUUGGAGAAAGCCGGAAGAACAAAAAUAUUGUAGCAUUUACAAUUCUUGUGGGAAUUUCGGCAGCUGCAAUAUUAACAAUAAGGUGGUAUGCAAAUGUUUGCCCGGGUUCCAGCCUAAUUUUCCAAUAGAAUGGGGUUCUGGAGAUUUUUCGAGCGGGUGCAAAAGAAGUUGGAAUUCAUCUGACGAGGGAGACAUGUUCUUGAGCUUAAAGAAGAUGAGAGUGAGCGUCCAAGACCAUUUUUUUGUGGUUGACAAUGAUACAACAUGCAGAAGGAAGUGCCUUGAAAACAAGAAGUGCCAGGCUUAUUCAAGACCGUACGGAUUAUGCAGAAUUUGGACUUCGGAUCUAAGUGAUCUUCAAGAGGAGUACACAAACGGUGUUGACCUCUUUGUCCGCGUUGGGAAAUCUGAAAUAGGAUCAACUCCAAGGAAUUGUGAGCCUUGCGGCACAAACUUGAUCCCCUAUCCGCUCAGCACUAAAACAAAUUGUGGUGACCCCAAGUACUUCAAUUUCUACUGCAACAAUUUCACUGGCCAGGUUAUCUUCAAGACACCCAAUGCCACCUACCGAGUCACAAGUAUCGAUCCAGGUACACGGAAAUUUGUCAUCCAAAUCAAAAAUGCAGGAAAUGAUAGAAAUUCGACAGGAAUUCUGCAGCUCAAAAAGUCAUUAGACUCAUUACCAUUUAAUGCGACUAUUGAUUCUGGCAACUAUAGUUCUAAAGUUAAAGAUGAAAUAGAGAUUAGUUGGAAGCCCCCGCUGGAGCCAAGCUGUAAUUCAUCCAACGACUGCAAGGACUGGCCAAAUUCAAUUUGCAAUGUAGCAAGAGAUCAUGGAGAGAAGAGAUGUCAUUGCACUCGAAACUUCCAAUGGGAUGGCUCAAAUUUAAAUUGUACUAAAGAAGGUGCUCGAAAGAUGUCAUUGACUCUAUUUGUCAUGAUACCUUUGAUAGUAGUGUUUAUCGCAAGUGCAACUGUUUGUAUAUAUAUGCGGAGAAGAAAGAUGGCCAAUAGACAAGAUAACAGGGGAAGUAUCGCAUUGUAUUUGUACGACACUGAGAAACGUGUCAAAGAUUUGAUGGAUUCAACGGAGUUCAAAGAAGAGGAUAAGAAAGGCAUAGAUGUACCAUUUUUUGAUUUGGCAAGCAUACUAGCUGCUACUGAUAACUUCUCAGAGGCAAAUAAGCUUGGACAAGGGGGGUUUGGGCCUGUUUACAAGGGUAAGUUUCUAGGAGGACACCUGAUUGCUAUAAAGAGGCUGUCAAGAGGUUCAGGACAAGGCUUAGAAGAAUUUAAGAAUGAGGUUUUGUUGAUUGCCAAACUUCAACAUAGGAAUCUUGUUAGACUUUUGGGCUAUUGCAUUGAUAGAGAUGAAAAGAUGUUACUCUAUGAAUAUAUGCCCAACAAAAGCUUAGACUCUUUCUUAUUUGAUCGAACACAAUGUGUGUUAUUGAACUGGGAGAUACGCUUUAACAUCAUUUUGGGAAUUGCUCGAGGGCUGCUUUAUCUUCACCAAGAUUCUAGGCUGAGAAUCAUUCAUAGAGAUCUGAAAACAAGUAACGUUCUGUUGGAUGAGGAGAUGAAUCCUAAGAUUUCUGACUUUGGCUUGGCAAGGAUCUUUGGAGGCAAACAAAUUGAGGGAACCACUACCAGGGUAGUUGGGACUUACGGCUACAUGUCUCCAGAAUAUGCAUUGGAUGGGUUUUUCUCAUUUAAGUCUGAUGCCUUCAGCUUUGGUGUUAUUGUACUUGAAGUUAUCAGUGGAAAAAGAAACACAGGAUUUUUCCAGUCAAAAAAGACUUUGGGUCUUCUAGGCUAUGCAUGGAAAUUGUGGAAGGAAAACAGAGCAUUGGAUUUAAUGGACCAGACGUUACGUGAAAGUUGCAACACAAGUGAAUUUUUGAGGUGUGUUAAUGUUGGGCUCUUAUGUGUACAAGAAGACCCCAGUGAUCGUCCCACUAUGUCAAAUGUUGUUUUCAUGCUCGGGAGUGAAGCUGCGACUCUCCCAACUCCUAAACAACCAGCCUUUGUUGUGAGGAGAUCUCUUUCUAGCACAGCUUCUUCUUCUAGCAAAGCAGAAACAAUUAAUGAAUUAACAGCUACCAUUGAAGAAGGUCGAUGAUGAUUGAGAUUCUCAUCACGAGUCAUGUUUUCUCUUUACCAGUUUCUACUACUUCAUAUUGUGGUUCCCAUGAACAAGGAAGGCCAUUUUUUUUUGGUCUAUUUCAGUGUAACUUAUUUUGCUAAUGGCAAUCAGUUCAAUGUAAUUUUAAUUCCUUCCCAUCA